AUGGGUAAAAUAAGAAAUGAGUCCAUAAAGAAGCAGAGGCACAAUCCUUUGAUGAAGGAUAUAUCAUCUCAGGGAGGAACUUUGAGGGAACAUACGAGAGGAAAGGCAAAAAACCAAUCCGAAAAUGAUGCAGAAGACUUCAUCGAUGCAGCAUCGUCCAGGAGGAUCUUACAAUUAGCCAGAGAGCAACAGGCCGAAAUCGAACAAGAAGACGAAGCAGUAAACACGAAUGAGAGUUCAAAAACCUUCAGUCAAGAAUGGCGAUCCCAUGAACUGGACGAGGGACUGGAUGAUGAAGAGUACUCUGAUUUCGAAGCUCAAGAAGAGGAGGACUUCGAAGAGAUCGAGGAAGAAGAAGUUAACAUAGACGAAAGCAGCGCUGAAUUGUUCGAAAAAUAUUUUAAUGGUGGGGCAAGUAAUAACGGCACUAUCAAUCUUGCAGACAAGAUCAUGGCCAAGCUCGAGGAGAAGGCUGAAAAGAAGGAAGCAGAGAGCCGACAAGAUGCUGUCUUAUUACCACCAAAGGUCUUCGUUGCAUAUGAGAAAGUUGGUCAAAUUUUAUCUACCUAUAAGCAUGGCAAACUUCCCAAGCUUUUCAAAGUUCUUCCCACCUUACGCAACUGGGAAGAUGUUCUCUUCGUGACCAAUCCAGAAGGAUGGACACCACAUGCCGUAUACGAGGCAACCAAGUUGUUCGUUUCCAAUUUGCAAGCGAACGAGGCACAAAAGUUCAUUGAACAAGUCUUGCUUGAAAGAGUGAGAACGUCGAUCGAAGACUCCGAGGACCACACCUUAAACUACCAUUUGUAUCGUGCUAUAAAGAAAUCACUUUACAAACCUGGUGCAUUCUUCAAAGGGUUUCUUCUUCCUUUAGUCGACUCUCAUUGCACAGUCAGAGAAGCGACCAUCACUGCAUCGGUGUUGGCAAAGGUUUCUGUGCCCGUAUUGCAUUCGUCAGUUGCAUUAGCUCAGCUUUUGCAACGUGAUUUCACUCCAGCUACCAUUGUGUUCAUUCGUGUUUUAAUCGAGAAAAAGUAUGCUCUUCCUUAUCAGACUUUAGAUGAGUUGGUCUUUUACUUCAUGAGAUUUCGGAAAGCAGCCCAAAACCCUAAUGAAAUGGAUCUAGAUGACAACAAUGGAAAGCUUCCCAAGCUCCCAGUUGUAUGGCAUAAAGCUUUCUUGGCAUUUGCUCAAAGGUACAAGAAUGAUAUAACAGAUGACCAACGAGAUUUUUUGUUGGAAACAGUUAGACAGCAGUUUCAUCAUGCUAUAGGCCCAGAGAUAAGAAGAGAAUUACUUGCUGGCCAAUCAAGGGUUACGGGUGAGGUAGCUAAAGACUCGUUGAUGAUGGAAGCAUUUUAG